AUGGCGGAUGGAAGAUGGUUAUGGUUUGUUGCUGUUUUUAUCCGUUUCUGUUGGGUUUGCAUCCCACAAAGGGGCUAUAUUUACCCUGAUGAGUUCUUUCAAGCUACAGAAAUCACUGCUGGAGAUGUUAUGGGAUUUAAACACACGAGAACGUGGGAGUGGCUCGAAAAUUUUCCCGUGCGUUCUCCAGUCUUUCCCUAUAUCUUCACGAGCAUUCCCUUUUACAUCGUAAAGAUGGUUGUAGCUGCCGGAAAUAUCACCUCAAGAACUCUUAUUGUAGCUCCAAGACUUUUUAUGACGGUCGCAUCUCUUUUCAUCGAUUACACAGUUUAUAAAAUUUGUCAACAUCUCAGUACGGACCCAACUCCUUCACUUUGCCUGUUUAGCACGUCUUUCGUGACGCUGGUAUUCUAUACGCGGACAUUUUCUAACAGCGCGGAAGCUGUCGUAUUUGCAGCCUUGCUGCUGCUGGUUAUUUCUUCCGUUUCAAACAGGAACAUUUUCCGAUCAGGAAGGGACCGCGUGCGGACCUUGUUGAUGGGGUUGCUUCUGACUGUAGGAUUUUGGAUCCGUCCAACAUUUUUGGCCUUUGCUUUUACACCCUUACUUUGGUGGGUCAUUGAUAUUUUCACCUUUAACUGGUCAAUUGAAGCAAAGACCUUUACUGCGGUAAAAGAGGUUUUAAAACAGUGCACUUUAGUUGGUCUUGGUAGUUUUCUGAUGCUUACUAUAUUGACCUUAGUUGAUUCUUUCUACUUUGGGUACUUACAGAAAAAAGAAAUUGUUCUUACUGCACUCAACUUUAUCUUAUACAACCUAGACACAGGUAGGGUAAAAGAUCAUGGUCUUCAUCCAAGGAUAACGCACUUUGCUGUAAACCUGCCAUUGUUGUUUGGACCUAUGGCAUUUGCUUUCUACAUGAUGAUUGCCCAUACUGUGCUUAAAAGGAAGUUUGCAGACUACCUUAAAGUUUUAUUAAGCAGAAGAAACCCUAGCAAGAGUAACGGCGUACUUGNUGGGAGUGGCUCGAAAAUUUUCCCGUGCGUUCUCCAGUCUUUCCCUAUAUCUUCACGAGCAUUCCCUUUUACAUCGUAAAGAUGGUUGUAGCUGCCGGAAAUAUCACCUCAAGAACUCUUAUUGUAGCUCCAAGACUUUUUAUGACGGUCGCAUCUCUUUUCAUCGAUUACACAGUUUAUAAAAUUUGUCAACAUCUCAGUACGGACCCAACUCCUUCACUUUGCCUGUUUAGCACGUCUUUCGUGACGCUGGUAUUCUAUACGCGGACAUUUUCUAACAGCGCGGAAGCUGUCGUAUUUGCAGCCUUGCUGCUGCUGGUUAUUUCUUCCGUUUCAAACAGGAACAUUUUCCGAUCAGGAAGGGACCGCGUGCGGACCUUGUUGAUGGGGUUGCUUCUGACUGUAGGAUUUUGGAUCCGUCCAACAUUUUUGGCCUUUGCUUUUACACCCUUACUUUGGUGGGUCAUUGAUAUUUUCACCUUUAACUGGUCAAUUGAAGCAAAGACCUUUACUGCGGUAAAAGAGGUUUUAAAACAGUGCACUUUAGUUGGUCUUGGUAGUUUUCUGAUGCUUACUAUAUUGACCUUAGUUGAUUCUUUCUACUUUGGGUACUUACAGAAAAAAGAAAUUGUUCUUACUGCACUCAACUUUAUCUUAUACAACCUAGACACAGGUAGGGUAAAAGAUCAUGGUCUUCAUCCAAGGAUAACGCACUUUGCUGUAAACCUGCCAUUGUUGUUUGGACCUAUGGCAUUUGCUUUCUACAUGAUGAUUGCCCAUACUGUGCUUAAAAGGAAGUUUGCAGACUACCUUAAAGUUUUAUUAAGCAGAAGAAACCCUAGCAAGAGUAACGGCGUACUUGAUGACUAUAAAACACUUUUUAUCUGGAGCUUGCUGCUGUGCAGUAUUGUCGUUUCUAUAGCAUUGUUGUCAUGGAUACCUCACCAAGAACCACGGUUUAUCACUCCAGUUCUCCUUCCAUUGGUCAUACUCUUUUCAUGGUGUUUGACGGCAUCUUCCUUUGCACCCCUGAUAAUGCUUUCUUGGAUUAUCUGGAAUAUAAUUGGUUGUAUUAUGUUUGGAAUACUGCAUCAGGGGGGAGUUUAUCCAUGCAUGGCACAUCUUCAACAGUAUCUUCAUAAUGCAAGGAGUCAGCAAAACUCUGCCGUAACAUAUCAUGUAACUUUUUAUCACACUUACAUGCCUCCUCAGCAUCUUUUGGCUUGGCCAAUGUCUCGUGAACAUGAAGGGGACUCACUUCACAGCCUAGCGGUUCUUGAUUUAAAAGGAAGCUCAAAGGAUACUCUGGUGAAACAUUUGGAAAAGCUUAUCCAUGAGGAGGCUAAAAUGCAUGGAAAAAAAUUUGAGGUAAGAUAGUUUCUCAUAGGAGACUAAAAGUAAUGAUUGGGGGUGAAUACAGAAGUGAUUGUGACUGUGAUUUUACAAUCAAAUGUUUUUUUUUUAUGUAUUGGUUUCAGUUUAGAGAGGGACUUAAAGCUGAGUAUCACCAUUGUGGAUCUGUUGCACUCAAAGGUUGGCACAUAUUAUGUAACAAGUUGCAUUAUAAACACAUCCCAGCGACAAAUCACUUUUUGUGCUGGAGAAUUUUUGCAAGAAUUUUGUAGCCCUGAUAAGUUGCAUAAAAUCAAAUCAUUUUCAAUUUGUGUAGCUUGUUGCAACAUGUUACCAUUAUGACGCAUUAGUGCGACGUGUCACCCAGUGUGUGCUGACCAUAACAGUCAUCCCUGCUACAUCCCCCACAUCAUUGGGCAAUUCCAGAAAAUAUCCAUACUAUUAUCUAUACCACGCACAGCUUUUCAAAUUCCAAGGGCAAGGGGGGUUCUUUGAACUGGAAAUCCAAAGGCAUGGGGGAUACAUUGUACCUUAUGAUUGGAAUUCCAAAGUCAUGGGGGGUUUAGGUCUGGAAUUUCCACAGGAGAAAGACAAGAGCGUAUUCCUUGAAAUAUGCUUAAUUUGUUAUUGACUUAAUCAGUUCACAAAAAAGCAUGAACUGACAACACAAGAUACAUUGGCAAACAUCCGUCAAUCAGGCAUGUUUUGAAUUCAUGUUUAUUUGUUGAAGAAAUCGGAGAAAACUGACAAAAUGUGGGUUGAACGUCAUGCUCCAGAGGCCUUAACUUUUUAAGUCCCAAUAUCCACAUACAAAUUCUCCAAACUGAUCUCCAUACAUUUCCUUGAAGAAUUAGUUGAGAGAAUUUGGUAAAAGAUCAAAUAUUUUUCUCUUCGUGAUCAUUUUGUUAAUUCUCAUAGANUAUACCACGCACAGCUUUUCAAAUUCCAAGGGCAAGGGGGGUUCUUUGAACUGGAAAUCCAAAGGCAUGGGGGAUACAUUGUACCUUAUGAUUGGAAUUCCAAAGUCAUGGGGGGUUUAGGUCUGGAAUUUCCACAGGAGAAAGACAAGAGCGUAUUCCUUGAAAUAUGCUUAAUUUGUUAUUGACUUAAUCAGUUCACAAAAAAGCAUGAACUGACAACACAAGAUACAUUGGCAAACAUCCGUCAAUCAGGCAUGUUUUGAAUUCAUGUUUAUUUGUUGAAGAAAUCGGAGAAAACUGACAAAAUGUGGGUUGAACGUCAUGCUCCAGAGGCCUUAACUUUUUAAGUCCCAAUAUCCACAUACAAAUUCUCCAAACUGAUCUCCAUACAUUUCCUUGAAGAAUUAGUUGAGAGAAUUUGGUAAAAGAUCAAAUAUUUUUCUCUUCGUGAUCAUUUUGUUAAUUCUCAUAGACUUUGCUCAUGAUAGUCUAUGGAUAUCGUUAGGAGAAAAUUGAUUUUGAACACUAUUGGGACUUAAAGGGUUAAUGCCACACAACAUCAUUUUAGGGACUUUAAGUGGCCACAAAGGAGUGGGUCCGCCACCAUUUGUCACAAAUUUAGAAAGUUAAGCUGCGUAGCAGACUCAGGUGCCAAAUUGUUUUGGUUUGUUUUUGUUUUCAAAGCUCAGUUUGACUUUAUAGACGUUUGUCUCAGUUUUAACAAAACUUAAUGGCAACCUUUCGAGAAAUCACAGACCUCUUAGCUGUGGCAGCUUCAAAGAUAUCACAGAUGAGGUUGAGCAUGAAUUUCUUUUACUCUAUGAUUUGAACACCUCUAAAAAUCUUGAUCAAUGAUUUUCCUUACGAUGAUUAUGUCUGAGUCAACCUUAACGAGAUGGAUGCUACAAAGACUUACAAAUAGCAUUUUCACAAUAUAUUUCUACACACAAGAGUCAUUUACUGUAAGUCGGUUUCGAUUCAGGGAAAACGUAAAAUUUAACUCACCCACUUUGUUUACUUGUCUCUCAAUCUCCCGCUUCAGCUACCACUACAUGUACACGUUAAUUUAUACAGCUGUUUACAGUUGUAAAGUAAAAAUUAGUCAAAUAUUUGCCAUUGAAAUGCAAGAGCGAUGGCUAGUAAAUACUUGUUUGUCAGACUAAAUGAGGAAAAUUCUUUGCAUUUAAAAUAGCAAAACUUGAAGGAUAAGCUGCCAUCUGUCGAGGCAAUCAAACCAUCCUUUUUUGCCCGAUGCUAACUGAGGUCGAUGCGGGCUGAACGUCAAGCAAAUAUGUUAAUUAGCUCAAAGAUGUGAAAUUUUCCUUCUGGUUGGCCUCCUCUGUGCCACCUCCAGUUGUUGCUUAAGGUCUCUUUAUCUCUCAUCAAAGCGGCUUCAUAAAUUAUUUUGUGUAUUCAAUGUGAAACAUGGUCUUUUCACCUGAAGGAUGCCAUUUUAACUUUUGAAGUUUGAGUGAUUGGGAGCGGGUGCUGACCCUGAAGGCUCAAAUUCAUGAUAGCUAAAUGAAAAAGCUCUUGAUUGUGCCCUUGACCGUACUAUCUUCCAAGGGUACACACGUUCACCACAAGCUAUUCUCAUUUUAAUCUUUUGUACCAUUUUGGGGUACUGUAUCUGUUGAACAGCUUUAACAAAGAAACUUUAUUAUUAUUAUUAUUAUUAUUAUUAUUAUUAUUAUUAUUAUUCCAUUCCAGAAUUUCUGGGGUUAUAAUGACCUGCAAAGACUCCCGCUGUAAUCAGCUCCAGUGAACAGAAGCAGAGUCAUUUGAAAUAGUUUGGCGUCAAAUCAGAGCUAAACUGGGCAUAUUUGCGAACCCUGUUGGUUAUUCAGAAGGAUUUGAAGGAAAAAUGGAAAAUCCGAGUGGAAUGGGAGGGGGAAGACCAGGGUUGGAAUAAAAAUCCUGUCUCUACACAUCAUUAAUAUAACUAAAUGCAAUAGGUACAUGAACAACAAACAGUUGUCAGCAACGUGCAAACAAGAAUUCAGUUAUUCCUUGCACUUCUUUAACUGCUUUGUUUUGUUUGUUUGUUUGUCUUUUCUUACCAUCAACUGUGUGUCAUCUGCCCUUUAACAAUGCAGUUUAACUAUCCAAACAGGGUCUAGAGGGGUAUUUUUGUGAUCUGGGAUUUGGUUGAAAUACAGUGUGUGAAAUGUUUUGACAGGACGUGGGAAUUGACCAGUAUUCGGCAAGUGGGAUUCUCCAAAAUGCACUCUCAAUGCGAAAUCUUGGGAUGCGAUGCGGUAUUGGGAAAGAAAAUGGAAUGGGGUAGAGAUGACAGACAUUUGUUAUGAAAAAGGGGUGGUAUUGCAGGAUCAGGAAUUGCCCCCCCCCCCCUCCCCCCCACUGCCAGACACUCCCCAAAAUGCAACUGGGACCUCUUUUGUAAAUCUGAUGCAUCCAAACCGCAUCCCUACCCAUUAUCAACAGGUCCUAUACUUUCUCGCAUUUUUUUGACUGACUUUUCCUUUUUAUGUCUUUUCCAACAGCUGUUUGUUAUCUGCCCUUCAACAGUCAAGUUCAACCAUCCAAACUUUAAAUUGUUGAAACAGUUUUAUCCCCACUUGAGCAUGGAGGACCCCCCUGACUUGAUGUCUCUUUUCAAAUCCAACCCUGAAGAAACUCGGACUUGUAUGAGCGGUAAAGAGGGGGGAGAGUACUUGGAUCCAACAUUAAGUACUGAGUACUGUGCAAGGAGAAUCAAAGAGACCUUGAAAAAUGAAUGGAGAGUUCCUGGUUGGAGGGAUUUUACUAACUGGAUUUAUUCAGAGCUUUCUCUUAAUUUGUAUCAGUAUGUACAGAACAACAGUUACUCAUAA